AUUUUGACAGUGCAAUUUUCUUUGUUGUGAAAACGAAUGAAAAUCGGUAAAAAAAUCAGAAAAAUUGCAAAACUAUUUUCAUUUCAAUUUAAAUUAUAGUUAUUUAUUACAAAUCAUUUAGCAACUAAAAGAUAAUUUCGUAUUUUAAAUCAAUUCGGUAAUGCAUAGAGUUAUUCUAAAUGCCCAAUAAGGUAUCAGUAUGCAUUGUUAAGCUAGAAAUCAUCACAUCUUUGACCGACCAUCAAGAACAAGGAGCUGUCUCAUCUGAACAUCCGACAAAUCCUAGAUUGCUAAAAGAACGUGAGCGUGAUCGUGGUCUUCGAGCGUCUACGGAAAUACGAAUAGAAACAUACACAAAUCGCAUAAUGAAUAGCAAUUUGCGAGGAGAUGGCUUGCCGACUAGUUCCAGAGAGGCAACGCCAUUGGAAGAAGCCCAAUUCGCUUCGGAAUUCCCAAAAGAAAUUGGAUUCUUUUCUGGAAAUCCAAGUGUUGAAGUUACUAAUGGGAUAAUUCAUCUUUAUAAAAAGAAUGAACGUAAAGAAAUUAAAGAAGGGCCCUCCAAUCAGCUAUGUUUAUUAGCUGUCCCCGCUAGUCUCAGCUGUCAUGAUUUGCUUAACUUUGUUGCUCCAUGUCACUCAGAAAUAAAACACAUUCGUAUAAUUCGAGAUGGAAGUCCAAAUCAAUUCAUGGUUCUUCUUGUUUUUCGUUGCAAUGAGGCAGCUUUAGAAUUUUAUCAAACAUUCAAUGGAGCAGCAUAUAACUCUUUGGAGCCUGAUUCGCUUUGCCAUGCUGUUUGGGUAUCAGAAGUUGAACGCGGUGAAGACGGAAUACCCCCAAUCGGUCAUACUGAAUUACCAACAUGUCCUGUUUGUCUCGAAAGAAUGGAUGAAAGUGUUGAUGGUGUCCUCACUAUUCUCUGUAAUCAUGCUUUCCAUGCCAACUGCCUCAUCAAAUGGGGAGAUUCAACCUGCCCAGUUUGUCGUCACGUUCAAACGCCAGAACUUGUUGAGAACUCCGUUUGCAUGGAAUGCGAAGGAACAGAAGCACUGUGGAUAUGUUUGAUUUGCGGACAUGUUGGAUGUGGCCGUUAUCAGGGUGGUCAUGCUGCUGCCCAUUAUAGAGCCACAAACCAUACCUUUGCCAUGCAAUUAGGCACUUCCAGUGUGUGGGAUUAUGCUGGAGAUAAUUUUGUUCAUCGUCUAUUCCAGAACAAAACUGACGGCAAGUUAGUUGCAACUCCAGCGCCCAAUGACGAAGGCGAAGAAAAAAUCGAUUCUAUGCAAUUGGAAUUUACAUAUUUGCUAACGUCUCAAUUAGACACUCAGCGCAAGUACUACGAAGAAAGAAUGCAAAAUCUUGAAGACGAGUGGAGGGACUUUAAGAUUCAGUCUAUAAGUAUGUCUGAAAAAUUAUCUCUCAUGGAACAGAAAGUUCAAACAUUAACGAAAGAGAAACUAAAUCUUGAGAGAAAACUUACUACAAACACAAAUAAGUUAAAAGAAGUCCAAAAACAACUCACCGAUGAAUGUCAAAUUUCAAAAGCUCUGCAGAAUAAUCAAAGUUCUUGGCAAACAAAAUAUGCUGCCCUAGAAACGACUUACAAAGAAUACGCUGAAAAGAAAGAAGCAGAAUUGACUGAUAUCAAAGAGCAAUUACGUGAUAUUAUGUUUUACAUGGAAGCCCAAAGUAAAAUAGCUGAGUCUGAUAUGAAAGAUGAAAUUGUUUCUGGUUCGGUUGUAGUUCCUGAACAAGAACAACCAAAAUCUAAUCGACGAAAGAAGAAGAAUUAAUUUAUGAAUGAAUUUUGGGUACCAAAGUGAUUAAGUUUUUUGUAUGCUCUGUCUACAUAUUCUUUAAUAUAAUAUAUUUAUAAUUUAAAAAAAAUUCUAUACAUGUUUU